UUAAAAAGUGUGAAAUGUGGAAUAUGCUUCACUGAAUGAGCACACAUAUCUCACAUCAAUAAACUCAAACAGGGGAGAAACCAUUUAAAGAUAUGGAGAGUGGAAAAAGUUCCACUGAUAGUGGAAAACUUAGAGAACAUCAACGAACUCACAUGGGCAAAAAACAAUUUCAAUACAGGGAGUGUGGGAAGAACUUCAGUCAUAGGGGAAAAUUAACUUUACAUCAACGGACUCACACAGGGGAGAAACCAUUUAAAUGCCUGGAGUGCGGAAAGAGCUUUAGUGAGAAUGCAACACUUACAAGACAUCAACAAACUCACACUGGGGAGAAACCAUUUAAAUGUAUGGAGUGCGGAAAGAGCUUCAGUCAGAGUGGACACCUCAAUAGACAUCAACAGACUCACACAGGGGAGAAACCAUUUAAAUGCCUGGAGUGCGGAAAGAGCUUUAGUGAUAAAGGAACACUUAGAAGACAUCAACAGACUCACACAGGGGAGAAACCAUAUAAAUGUUUGGAGUGUGGAAAGAGCUUUAUUGAUAAUGGAAAACUUAGAAAACAUCAACGGACUCACACAGGAGAGAAACCAUUUAAAUGUUUGGAGUGCGGAAAGAGCUUCCUUUUCAAUGUAAACCUUAGAACACAUCGACGGACUCACACAGGAGAGAAACCAUUUAAAUGCCUGGAGUGCGGAAAGAGCUUUAGUGAGAAUGGAACACUUAGAAGACAUCAACAGACUCACACAGGGGAGAAACCAUAUAAAUGUUUGGAGUGUGGAAAGAGCUUCAGUUUCAAUGGAAACCUUAGAACACAUCAACAGACUCACAUGGGGGACAAACCAUUUAAAUGUAUGGAGUGCGGAAAGAGCUUUAGUGAUAAUGGAAAACUUAGAAAACAUCAACAGACUCACACAGGAGAGAAACCAUUUAAAUGUAUGGAGUGUGGAAAGAGCUUCAGUUACAAGGCAAGCCUUAGAUUACAUCAACGGACUCACACAGGGGAGAAACCAUUUAAAUGUAUGGAGUGUGGAAAGAGCUUCAGUCAGAGUGGACAGCUCAAUAUGCAUCAACCGAUUCAUACAGGGGAGAAACCAUUUAAAUGUUUGGAGUGCGGAAAGAGCUUUAAUGACAGUGGAACACUUAGAAGACAUCAACAGACUCACACAGGAGAGAAAACAUUUAAAUGUAUGGAGUGUGGAAAGAGCUUCAGUUACAAGGCAAGCCUUAGAUUACAUCAACGGACUCACACAGGAGAGAAACCAUUUAAAUGUUUGGAGUGCGGAAAGAGCUUCCUUUUCAAUGGAAACCUUAGAACACAUCGACGGACUCACACAGGGGAGAAACCAUAUAAAUGCAUGGACUGCGGAAAGAGCUUCAAGCAGAGUGGGCACCUUAGAAAACAUCAGCAGACACACAGCGGAGAAACCAUUUAAAUGUAUGGACUGUGGAAGCAGCUUCAGUCAGAGUGGAACCCUUGAUUUAUGUCAACAAACUCACACAAAACACAAACCUUAUAUAUAUGAGGAAAGUAGAUAGAGGUUCAGUCCUAGUGGAAGUUCUAAAUCAACAGACUCACGGACAGGAAGAACUUUAGUACUUGAAACCUGUCAGAUGCUUAAUGCUGUCCAGCUGGCAUAGAUAAGACUCCGGGCUCCCAGCCAGUUCCAAACUAUUUGAUUUAUUUGACAAAGUUCAAAAGUACAUCUCCAGCGUUUCAAUUUGCGUCCUUCCCCUUUGUUGCACAGUUGCCGCGUCUACUCUUUCUUUUUCCUUUUCCGUA